AUGUCCACCCCUAAUCCCGUAGCCGAACUUGGUGCCAAGGGUCUGGGCUGUGGUGAAGCAGAAGAACAAUUCACAGAUGGACACCCCUGCCCCCAGCACAGCCGCUUCUGGCCCUCGCUGCUGGGCGAGAGUCUGCACCACGCGCACCUGCCCCCGCCCCCCAGAGCGCUCGGCGGGCCCGACGCCCUCCUGGACGACCGUCAACACCUGCCGCUCGGUUCCAGAGACCCAGCCAAGAAGGACGUAAGGGCUCUUGUCUCCAGCCCGGGGUCCGAGGGUCGAGGCCUGCUCCUCGAGAGCUAUGUGACAUUGCAAGUCGACUGCCGGCCCUGUGUCCGUUUCUCCACCCGCGACGAGGCAGCGAGCGAGCAGGCCCCUCGGAGCAGCCCCGGUCAGGAGGGGGCAGGGGGCUGGGGGCCGCUCCCGCCAGAACCUUCCGUCAGGGAAGAGCCCACACAGCCUGAUCCUAGCAGCUUCCUGGCAGCCCUCCCGGCACUGGGCCUUUCCAGCAGCCGCCUUCCAGGGGGCCACGCAGGGCGGCUGGACCCUGUCUCAGCUGCGGUGGGCAUGGUGCCCGGCGGGGAGGGAGAUGGACGGUCAGACAGGAAGGCUGAGCAAGGCUUCCACGCAGAGGUCCGGCUGGUGGGCCGGGGUCGGUGGGCAGCGAGGGCCACAGGGACAGCAGUCGUGUGGGACCAGACUGAACCCAGCCACAGGUGCCUGAGUGACAUGGACACUGGCCACCAGCUCAGCGACCUCAUGACUCCUGGAGGCUGGGCGCCCAUGAUGCAGGAGGAGGGAUGUUUCUCAUCAUCCAACGGAGCAAACAACCCACCCAAGGAACUCUGGCGGCAGGGCUUGUCCCCCCAGCGAGAGGACAUCUGGGUGACGACACCCCCAGGCAGACGGAGUCCCGAGACGCAGGAGUCACAUGGACGCUCUGCUCUGGUGUACGCACCGGGCACCCCCCCUCCCCAGGGACCAGGUGUGGGCUCAGAUGCGUCGCGGCCCCCAGCAGGCCGGCAGGUGUUUCCCGGGAGUGACAGCCCCUCGGAAGCCUCUUACUCGCCAAGCCUCCGCCCCCCAGUUUGGGCAGCCCUGCGCUCUGCUGUGAGCCUGGCCUUUCUGCUGCCCGGCUACGCUGAGCUCAGCGGGGAGAUCUGGCUUCUAGACCCACGUUCUGGGCAGGGCCUUUCCGUUAUUUUGAACCCGUUUAACGUCGUGACCCAGAACUCAGAGAACUGCACUCAUAAUAGGCCGUCGUGGGGCGGCGGGGGAGGGGUCGCCAGGGUGCUGGGGUGUGAGCGGCUCUCACCCGGCACCGUCCUCCACCUCGGCCUGGAGCUACCCAGUGACGCCCUCUUCAGUCUGACCCGGAGUGACCUCGCGGGCACCACGCUGCCGCGGAAGCUGAGAGGCCGCCCCCGGCUCCAAACGCCCCUCAGCCCGCCCUGCCCUCCUGGUGCCUGGAGCCACUAUCCGGACCCGGGCUGCUCUCUGAGCCCCCCAGCCCCGGCGCCCGAUCUGGGCUCAGAGGGCGAGUGUGGGAGCCCCCUGGGCUCGGCUCGGACGGGGAGGGCGCAGGGAGCGCUUAGGAUCCUAGUUGGCAGAAUUCGCAGACCCUCUCCUGGGUUCAGGUCCGCGCCCCGGCUCCGCGCCCGGGCCAGAGAAGGCAAUGCUGGGAGGGCGGCCGUGCGGCAGGAAGGGGCGAGGAAAGGGCACCCGCGCGCCGGGGACUCGCCCACGUCCCGCGCCCUCUUCGCGGAGCCGGGUGCGCCCACAGCCAGCCAGGGAGGAUCCGACACAGACAGACGGGGCGGCAGCUGGAACCAGGCUCCGGCCAAGGACGUCCGGACCUCCAUGAAAGCGCACGAAGCUGGCAGAGCCCGCGCGCGCCUGCGGCCGGGCGCCGGCCCAGCGCGGGACUUGGAGCCUGACGGGGGGCCGGGGGCGGCGCCCAGCCCAGCCCCGCCCGCCGCUCCGGCGGCCGGGGGCCCUCUGCGCAACCGAGCAGAGACCGCGCGCGCCGGACUGUCGCCGCUCCAGGACAGUGUGGAAGCCCGCGCCCCCGGCCCCGUUCCGGCCCCGGGACCCUCCCCUGUGGGUCCCCGGCCCCACCGCGCGCGCAGCUUCACCUCGGGGCCCCCGACUCCGCGGGCUGCCGCUCGGCUCGCCGGGCCGGCGGCCUCCUCCAGGAGGAGCGCGGCGUUUCUGGAGCCCGCAGCCCGCGGAGUCCGGCACCGCCCCGCGCACCGCCCCCGGCCCGGCCCGGCCCCGGCGAUCCGCCCGGCUGCUGUGGCGCGGCGCCCCCUCGCGCCCGGCCGCGUGUCCUUAGGGCGAGCGGAUCCCUGGGCGCGGCGGUUCGGCCGGGAGCCCAGGGACGUGUCCACUCAGGGCGAACUCUCGGGGGCGCACGAGGCGCGGACCCCGAUCUGCGCCCCGCGCCCACCGACGCAGGGGCGGAUCCAGAGGCGCAGAGACCCCCGCCCCCUCCAUAACCACACGCGGAAGCGGCCCUUGCGGGAAAGGGGCAGGCGAGGGGCUCUCCAAAGCCCACUGCGCUCUACCGGCAAAGCUCUGCAGAACGGCGGGGUCUCAGAUCACAGAGGCCAGGACAGCGGUGAGAAAGACACAGAGAGACACAGCGAGAAGCUACAGCCUACCCCGCACCCCCGGCACACACGCACAAACCCAGACAGAGCGAAGCGCCGUUCUGGACGAAGCCGUAGCAAGCAGCAGGCCCUUGAUGGCCUGUACUGGAGAAGGACGGUGAUGGUCCCCGUCAGGCCCAAGCGCGGAGCAGGGCUGCCUCCCUGCCCCCCAUGCUGCCCUGGCCGGUGCCCGGCUGUGCAGGCGCCAAGGUCAGACCUGCCGGUGGCCUCGCCGCAGAUCCCGUCCGUCCGUGGUCCUGGCUCACGACGCUCACUCCCUCCUUCGGACGACGGGCUGCCGUUCAUCAUGCACAAGUUUCUGGGCGACGCCCAGUACAGCGGUCCCUCUCCCAGCCUCUACCCCAGUUACGAAGCAACAACUGGCUGCAAGCGAGGCUCCUCCUGCAUCCUCACCCUCCUGGUGUCCAAGGAGACAGGCUACCCGGGAUUCAGGACGGUGACACUGCCCACCUCCGAGGGCCGCGACCAUGGAGGCCCCCAGCCUGUGGGUGGUCUUCUGUGGAUGCUUCCCCCCGCCCCCGAGCUCCCAGCUGGGACACCGUCGGACGCUGAGAAGGCCUCUGGCCCUGGCCCCUCUCCUCCCCCCGACGUCGUCCUGUGA